AUGUAAUUUCCAAGGCUGUAAAUGCGCAGUGAGAAGGAAAGAAUAUUAAGCCUUAUUGGUGUAGUAGAAGCAGACAAAUUCUGGGUCUUAGGCAGUGCUUAGGCCUUCCCCCGAGUCAUGAUAUCCUCCCGAGUGUUGUGAGAGAGGAGCGAAAGGAGGAAGAGAAAAGGCCCAGGGAGUCUGAGUGAGUGUGUGGGGGUGGAGUUUACUAGGAAGGCCAUUUACUCUUGAGAGAUCUCGCGCAAGAGUCUAUAGACUCACUACUACCACUACCACCACCACUACCACUACUACCAGCUCCGACCUCUCGCCUGCUAUCGUCUCCUGGAAUACCCAUACCCAGUGCACCUCCUAGAUAAAAGACUAGAACAUGAGGCAGUGGCCAAAAUAUUUAUUGCCAAUCUUCAUUUGAUGUUAAUCAGGACAUCAAUGAAUCUAAAUAAAUUGCAACUACAGUCAUUCUGGUAGGAGCAGUGAAACAUCCUGAUGCCCUUGGAAUGGAGGCUGGUACUAGACAGAGGAUGAUGAUUUUGGCAGCAUGGAUGUUAGCAGGUCUUGCUCACUGGUGCCAGGCAGAUGUGAUUAUUAUUUCAACACUAACCAAUAAAACAUUUACGGCAGUUGGGGAUCUUCCUGCACUAUUUGGACCACCUAUUCCUCUAACAGGCUUCAAGGGUUAUGCAAUUUAUGUGACGCCUCCUGAUGCAUGCUCGAAGGUACGACCACCACCAAAGUCCAAGAAUAUUACUGGACCGUGGAUUGGAAUUGUGAAGAGAUACAACUGUGCAUUCGUUGAGAAAGUACUAAAUACUCAAAUUGCCGGCUAUGAUGCUGUUAUUGUUCACAAUGUUGGUUCAAAUUCCAUACAGCCCAUGGGUUCCGACAACCAAAGUUUGUCAGAGAAAGUGAAUAUACCAUCAGUCUUCAUUGGGCAAGAUGAUGCAUUUAUGAUUAUUGAAAACUUCCUCUAUGAUAAAGGGUACAUUCUGGAGAUAACUGAUGACCUUCCCUUCAACCUACAAAACUACUUGGUACCCUUUGCCAUCACCAUUGGUAUCUGCUUCAUAGUUAUGCUCACGUUUAUGGUUGUGAAAUGUGUCCGUGAUUACCGGCGCUCUCGUCGUCAUCGUCUGUCAUCCAGAGCACUUAAAAAGCUUCCCGUUCAUAAAUUCAAGAAAGGAGACCCGUACGAAUGCUGUGCCAUUUGCUUGGAGGAUUAUGUAGAUAAUGAUAAACUACGUAUACUGCCUUGCGAACAUGCCUAUCAUGCAAAGUGCAUUGACCCAUGGUUGACGAAGAAUCGUCGUGUGUGUCCUGUAUGCAAACGAAAAGUGUUUACGGGGGACGAGAGGCCCUCCGAUCUGGAAACAGACUCGGAGGAUGAGAAUAGCCCUUUGAUCAACUCUGAAGGUGGCACACAAGGGGGCACAUUCGACAGUCAGAGGGAAAAUCCUUUCCAAGAAGCCCAACGACUAGCAGACGAACGCAGGAGAAGGCGUAGGCUUAGAAGAAAUGUGUCCCACAAUGUGGAAUGUGGACCGGAAGGCUAUCAACGUUUGGCCGAGUCCACAGAUGACGAGGAGGGGGAGGGGGAGGAGGGUGAGGAUGAAGAGGAACAAAGAGAAGAAGAAAAAAAUGAAGUCUCUGGAAACAGCGCCCAGGUUGUAAGUGGUAGCCCGGAACACGCAGUCUGUGAGGGGGAGGUUAAUUCUCCCCAGUCGUCACAAGAGCCGCCAGCUACAGUUUGUGUCAUUGUUCACGACUCUCCCAGACCUAUCAGCAUUAGAGAUUCAAGCAGCUUGUCGAGGAAUAGCAGCUUAUCCUCCCACGGCACCCCUCCUGGUCCUGUACAAAUUGCUGUUGAUGUUGUCAACUCCCCAGCGUCUGGCUCCUCACUAGUGCCACAACCUUCUCAGUCAUAUGGAGAUGCAGGAUCUGAACGCGAUUAUGUUGUGUGAACGAAAAAGAUUUACUUUGAUGUCUAUUUGGUAGUAUUUUUGUUUAUGGUAACUUUUAUGUUUGCUUGAGAACAUUUGUAACCAAUAAGUUGCUUGAGUAAUCUACAUCACAUACAACUAGGUACACUUUACUGUAGUUAUUUUUAUUAUGACUUAAUUGCAGAAAUACAUUGCUACUUGAAGAAGAAGCUACAUAUUUAAACUUAGGUUUCUUUGUAAAGAUAUUUUUAUACUGUAUAUAUAAUGUAAAUUAUUAUUAAGUGACUUACUGAAGUUGUGCUAAAAAUUUGUUUUUGCCCUAAUGUGGGUAUAGCAUAUAAGUAUUAUGAUAACCAAAGUAAUAUGCAGUUAAACAAAAUUGGAGAACAAAAUUUACAUUAGACAAUUUAGUUAAAUAGGAACCAAAAUUACAAGCAAAUUUGCAAAAAAAGUCAUUAAUCCUUGCAAAGUUACGUUCGUUUUCACCUUGAAUGUUGUUGUUUUCCAGAUAAGCAUUAUGAUGCUCACUGUGUGCCCCACCAAGACUACAGUGGCUGUGAGCAUUUUAGUGCUUAAAUCUCUUGACUUCCCCCCCAUGACAUCAACUUCAGUUCUCUGCAUGUCAAUAUUCUUGUUACCUGUUGGUUAUGAGGUCAGUAGUUCCUACCUCAUUAACACACGCAUGCAAACGCCAUUUGUUUUUGUUUUUUAAAUUGUAAUAUCCUUGAUUAGAUGCUACAAGUUAGACGUCUUCUAAACUUAAUAUGCCACAUACAUGUUGGCGAUGAGUGAUCACUAACAUGUAAUCACUGAUCACAUGAUGAUUAGUCAGUGUUGGGGAUCAUCAUGUGUAACUUUUGUACAGUAUUCUUUGGAUUAUAUAUAUGAGGAGUUACGUUAAGACAUAAAUCUAGUGCCUAAACCACUGUUUUGUAUCGUCUUUAAAAAAUAGUCUUGCUUAAUUGAUCUAACAGACUACCAAAGUUGAAAUUGAAAUGCUUGUACAAAUAACAUGUUGUACAUUAUUAUGCAGUACAGUACUGAAGAUCAUUUUAAACCACAUUUCUUGUUACUGUACUGUCGGUCUUCCUAAACCUUACUUUCACAGUAUAUUCUACAUUUGGUUGUGCCAGUUGUUGAUCACGAAGUUUCAGCAUUAAGAGUGAAUAUUAUAGAAGGUAUUUCAUAACAGAGAGCGAGGGGAGUUGAAACUGUCCAAAAAAAAAAAAGAACGAGACAUAAGUUUUUAAAUGUUAUUAAUCUCCAGACUGCACAGAAUGUUAUGAAGUGCUGUUAUGCUUCUUUAUAGUGUUUAUUAUAUACAUGAAUAUAUAUUUUCUUUGCUGCGGCUUUAUUAAUUACACACAUGUAUUUUUAGUUGAUAGAACAAGGGCCUAAUGAUUGGUAAUGCAUUUGUUGUCUCAAGAGUUUUAAGGUUUGCUCCUAGAUAUAUAUUUAUAUAGCAGUUGUGAUUUCCAAAAUAUACUUGAGCUGUCGAAUUAUUGUAUUCAAAGCAAAAGGCUGAUACGCUAAUACUUGAACAAAUGUUUAAAAUAUAAACUAAUUAUGUGACCGUCUCUCAUGCCCGCAGAUGAUACUUAACCUGCAUUAUAAUAAGAACCCGCUCAUUUAUAGAUUAAUAUAUUUGACACCAAAUAUCCAGUCAGUAUGCAUACUCUUCCUGAUUUCCUUAUUCCCAUUGUCACAUGCGGUGUGUGGUGCUGGUUCCCCACACUCCCUGGUGUAAGACAGUGUUUAUUUUCUUAACCUUUUGUCAGCAUUGUCUGUUUCUAUAUAUUAAUUGGUUUAAGAAGCAAAAAUAGGUUGUAUACCUAAAGUGAUUUUAUUGCAAUACAAGACGCAGUACUUUGCUUUUCUUUAACUUGGUGCACUGUACUCAAAAAAAAAAAUACAAUAAUGUAAUUACUCCUAAGUAGAGUUUGAGAGAUGUGUUGAUAUAUUAGAGUGCAUAUUUUUUAGGGAACAUCACCUACAGUUGUAAAUUUGAAGGGGUGACUUUUUUUUCCUAGUGAUGGUUAACUAGAGAGUUUUUGUAUGUAUAGUAUAUGUCUGUGUUUGGAAACUAGAUAUUAGCAACAAAUGAUAGUAAUAUAUAUGUGUACUGCUUGGUGUAAGUAGAUUAUUACGUAAAGUAGGAAACUAAUAUUUUAAAUUAUACUGGUAAUUCCGAAUUUUUAAGAUCAUGACAUUGUAAGUUGUUUAGCAAUGAACUUUUAUAUUCUUUGUCAUUGGAGAUUAAUUUCCAUCAAAUGUUACUUGAUAUAUUAGCAGGUUGUCAUUUGGGAUGCUGGGGCACAAAUGGAAGAUGUGUGUGUGUGUGUCUGUGUAUAUUCAUAUAAUGGAUUGUUAUUUUUCCAUUAUGUAAUUUCUAACCUGUAGGCUUUUUGAGGUUGUCAAAGAAUCCAUUGACAACUGAUGAAAGUGUUUAAGGAUUAAUCAAGUUUGAUGCUUUUAUAAAGAAUGCAAUGGUUCAUAUAUAUCGUGUCCUUUGUGAUAUGUAUAAUAUGAUACUUAUAAGAUAAUCCCACAUAUGGGUGUUGUAUAGCCUGAAUAUCAAUAUAUGCUCUUAUACUA